AUGUCGACCUCAGCAAUCUCCUUUGAGGAUGCGAGAACGGCCCUCGCAGAAGAUGGGUUCUAUUGUAUACAAGAUCCGACGGUGGGGCUACGUAUUUCAGAGAUGGAGCGAAAUAGUUCCCAGUUCUCUUCUUCGUCGAAAGCUGGACUGGAAUUCUGCAAAUCCAAUGUCCUGAAGGAUGAGCGUAUCCGGACCAUCCUUGAGUCCUCCUUCGACUGGUGUGGUUUAGGAUAUUACCAGAGGAUCGCCGAAGACCAAGGUCACAUUUUCCAGCUCAGGAAGGGCGGCGAAAAACCUGAUAUUCUGUGUGUUCACCUAUGGAGCAAGGGAUCGCGAGUGAUAUAUUACCGCGGUUCGCACCUAAUCCCGUGGAAGAGUGUUCGUGCAGCAAAUCGUAUGUGGGAGAUCCCAUUUGCUGCCCUAGCACGAGCAGGAAUCCUUGGAACGGAAAUUUUCUUCGAGAAUGGCGGAUUAUAA